CCAACACUGUACUACUACUCAAUGUUGUCUUUCGAGUUUUGACGUCAUGUUAAGAAGUGUUCUCUUGCCUUUUUGAUCCAACGUUAAAGUUACUGCUGUUACUGCCGCUGUUUUGGGGGUAAGGAAAGUGUUACGUUAGGUUAACGAGGCCUACUCAAGGUUCAAGUAACGACAGCGGAAACAACUUGAUAUCAGAAACAAACUUAUGCAAACCGUCCUCUGGUGCAUGUUCCGCAUUUGCACUCCUCGCUCUGUGUAGCUGCAUAUUAGCUCGAUCGACUAAAUAAACUUUCUGCUGACUGUAGGCUAGUUUACUUCAGGAUAAUCAAGUAUCGGGUGAUUGGCAGUACGGACUGGACAAAUGCAAUGACGAGCGCAAAAUACUCAGACGAAUUAGACUUCAGACUUACUUUCGGGGAGGACGGCGGACAGCAGCCACUAGGCCACGCAGAUAUUGGUCUUAAUGAUGACUGCUACAUCCUCAAUGUUGGCCUGCAUCAACCCGUGGUUAACCAGCCUUUCGAGAACUUGCAGCAGAACGCUCCAACAUCAGUUCCUGCCACAGAUCUGCAAAGUGCUGGUGCUCAUGAAGUCAGCUACACUGUACCUAAAGGGACUGUAUACAACACCCUAGAGUCCCCCUCAAGGAUAUUUGACUGUCCGAGUAUCCAGAUCACCUCCAUCCCUACCAGUUGUCACCAUGACAUGGGUGCUUGUCAGGGCCCUUCGCAGAUGCAUAGCGCUGAUGUGGAGUGCGGUGCUGGCUUGUCCAGGUCUGGCCACCUGUUCCUCCCCCUGGAUCCCUCAUACAGAGACCAGUCCACCCUCUGCCCCAGUCCGUGCAGCAGCCUGUCCUCCCGCAGCUGGCUGUCCGACGCCUCGUCCUGCGAGUCCUUCUCCCACGUGUACGAUGAUGUGGAGGCCGAGCUCAGUGAGGCAGCAGCUCACUUUAAGUUAGGCUCACCUCUGAUGUCCCCCCUCAGCUCUCCCUUGCCCUCACCCCUGGCGUCCCCGUUGGCGUCCCCGCAGGUGUCUCCCCUGGUGUCCCCGUUCGGCUCUCCCGGGUCGCUGCCCCUUGGGUCUGGAGAGGACCCCUGGCUGCGCUACUACCUGCAGCAGCCUCCUCCCCCUCAUGCCCUGUAUGCUCAUUCUCUGUCCCCUCAUCAGUCGCCCUAUCAGUCCCCACGCACCAGCGUGUCAGAGGAGACCUGGUUGACCCCGCGGCCUGCCUCGUCCUCCUCGCGGCCCUCCUCCAGACCCUCGUCACGACCCUCAUCACGACCCACGUCCCCCUGCGGUAAGAGGCGACACUCGUGUGCUGAUGGUGCUACUGGACUGUCCUCGCCUCACCUCUCUCCCAUCCCCACUCCCACUCACUCCCCUCGGGGCAGCGUGACCGAGGAGACAUGGGCUGGGAACUUCAUGCUUUCGUUUCCACAGCUGCUACAGUCUGAGUCGGACGUUCCUCUCAAAACGAGAAGAACCUAUCAGGGUCAGGAGCAGUGCAGCACAGGUGUCCUGGUGGGGUCUCCUCUGGAGGAGCAAGUCCUUGGGGCUUUGCUGGACCUCCCCACAGAGUCAUCUCUACCUGGACAGAGAAAAGAAGACAUUGUGGAGCAUUUCCUUUCUGUUCCCUCUCACUUCACCUGGAGUAAACACAAACCAUCUCAAACACCAAUUCUUACAGCUCCAUCCCUGCCUUCUCUAGACUGCCCACUGCCCAGCCAGGUUGGGCAGUAUGAGCUCAGGAUAGAGCAGCAGCCCAAGGACCACCACCGAGCGCACUAUGAAACGGAGGGGAGUCGUGGAGCCAUUAAAGCAGCCUGUGGUGGACAUCCGGUGGUUAAGCUCAUAGGAUAUAAUGAAAAGCCAAUCAACCUUCAGAUCUUCAUUGGGACUGCUGAUGAGCGCACUGUGCGACCGCAUGCCUUUUACCAGGUGCACAGAAUCACAGGGAAGACUGUGUCCACUGACAGCCAGGAGAUUGUCAUAAGUAACACCAAAGUUCUUGAGAUUCCACUACUUCCUGAGAACAACAUGUCUGUGAGCAUUGACUGUGCUGGAAUCCUUAAGCUUCGAAACUCAGACAUUGAGCUCCGAAAAGGAGAGACAGACAUCGGGCGGAAGAACACGCGUGUGCGGGUUGUGUUCCGCGUGCAUGUUCCCCAUGUCAAUGGAACAGUGCUGUCAUUGCAGACAGCCUCUAUUGCUGUGGAGUGCUCCCAGCGUGCUGCACUUGAGCUUCCUCACAUAGAGAACUUCAGUCCUGUUAGCGCCUCAAUGAAAGGAGGAGAAGAAAUGUAUAUUAAAGGCCCUAAUAUCUUCCCAGAUUCAAAAGUCAUCUUCCUUGAAAAAGGCUCAGAUGGUCGAACUCUUUGGGAGACUGAGGCAAGAACUUUUAGAGAGAAGUCAACAGAAACGAAUAUUGUGGUACAGAUUCCUCCUUACCACAAUAGGAAUACGACAUCCUCAGUUCAGGCCCAGUUUUAUGUGACUAAUGGAAAACGGAAAAAAAGUGUAGCACAGCACCUCACAUAUGUGGCAGCAGGUGUGAAGCAAGAGAGUGGACAUGUUGGAGGUGUUGCCCCCAGCACCGCCACUGGGCCCCAUGGAAAACCCCAUCAGUCUUUCCCCCAGUAUGCAUAUUCUAUGGACAAUUACCAGUACACUGGAGUGCCUGCUUUGUUCUCCUCUUUGGACAAUUCUCCCUCCCACCUUCAUAGGGCCAACCUAGAUGUUGAUCUUGAAUCUCAACACAUUCUUCAUAACUUGGUGUCCAUGGAUCCAGUAUUCCUAGGAGCUCACCAUAACGUCAGUGGCCAGGUCUGUGUAAACAAAGUAGGAAAAGUCUCCUCCCAGCCAGCCUGCAUACCCAAUCAGUCAACCCACCAGCAAGGCUUGAGCUCCUUGAGUCUGGAGCAGAAGUCGUUAGCUAGUCACCCCUCGUGUGCCAGCAAUAAUUCCUCAAGCAACGCCUCUCCCCAGCUGCAGUCCUCUUGGUAUCACUGCCCCAACCCAGUGACCAGACAUGCAACAGGAAAUAGCCAUCUGAGUCAUCUGAAAGGUGCCGCAUCACACCCUCAGCCGGCCUUAUCUCAAGAUCCUCCAGGCUUACACCAAUCCCCCAGCCACCACAGAGUGGCACAUGUGGAUCACCCUCAGGUCAUCAAAGCACCAUCUCCACAAUCAGUAAUCAAUAGCUCGUCCCCCUGGUCCUCUGGUGGCCCUCUUGGUGCUUCCCUAGCCACUCAGUCAUCAUUCCACGCACAGGGGGAGCUAUUUAAUAUCAAGCAAGAGCCAGUGGAUAAAGAAGUGAACCUCCAGUCGACUGGACUUCACAACGUCACACUUGACGAUGUGAGUGAGAUCAUCGUCAGAGACCUCUUUCAGAGCCCAGAAGCUGCCCAGAACCAUACCUAGCCCCUGCACACACAGGUACACCUUUGAGAACAGUCUGCAGAGCCUCUGUACUGUAUAUCAGCGUUUGAAGCAGAGUACAGAAUAAUGUACUGUUUAUUGCAGUGAACUAUAAAUAAGCUGUAGCAGAAAGUAAUAUAUGCAUUCAGACAUGACACUGCAUUAGUGAGAAUUUGCAGGAGGUUAUAUCAGUAUGCAUUUGUAUGUUGUCUAAUUUGGCCCAUAUACAUGUAUUUUGAAAUAAAAUGUGUAAUUGUACUUGUAAAUACAAUUGUCAUUUAGUUUGUAGUGCAUGAUAUAUUGUAUGCACAAAAUGCUGGAUUUCUAACAUUAUAAUCAGGUUUGGUCCAGGUGAUUAUUUAUUUAAAAAAAGAUCAAUUACAUAAAUUUGACCACUCCACCACAGUCUGUUAUUUCAAGUCAUUAUAUCGGUACGUUACAUAUGAACAGACAGUAAAAACUAACAUUGCAAUUGAACAUGUUAACAAAGUUGGCUAUUUUUUUUUAUAAAGAAUGUGAAGAUAAUGACCACACACUGUAAACUGUAAAGUGAUAUGGUACUGUUCAUGUCUGGAUGUAUUUAAUGCACUUAUUAUACUGAGCUGUUGAGUUUUAUAAUUGAGCAUGCUGCAGCAAAUGAUAUAGGUUUGUGAAAUAUUUUGAAGACUGUGGAUGACCCUUUUCUAAAUCAAUAAAUGAAAUGAACAUUUCA